CGGUAGGCAGUUCAUAAUGUCAAUCAAGUGAGUAAAUAGUCGUCCCUUGUGGUUUCUGUAGUGUAGUAUUUCAUGGCUUUCAAUUUCUACUUCCCCUUCUCCCCAUUCUUUACUCUCAAUUCUUUCUCCUCUUCGUCCUUGUUUUUUUAACCUACAGUUCCUUCAUCAUGUAUGCCUUUCACCAAGAACAGCAUCUUUAUGCCUUGCAAAUGGCACAAGAAGCAAUGCUAAAAUCUACUCGCGAAAAAAGUUGGGUAAUGACCUCUAAUGACGCCGGAUUCGUCAAACUUCCCAAUGAACGAAUCCUCUAUGCCUCACCUCCUCGAACGAGUUUACAAAUUUCUACGACGGCUACUUCUGCGGGCGCGGAGCCAUAUUCAGCUAAAAGCGAUGCUGGAAUCGUAUAUAUUAGCAAUCAAAGAGUAGGUGCAUCUUUUCUCUCACUCUUUUAACUAUUUACUAACUUGAACUCAAGAUAGUUUAUCUUCCAAGUUCACCUACUCCCGAGCUUCAAUCAUUUUCUUCACCCAUUUUAAACCUACAAGAUAGCUACGUUCGUGCGCCGUUCUUCGGCGCCAAUUACUGGACUGCCCUCUGCAAGCCAGUUCCGGGAGGUGGAAUCCCCCCGGAUUGUCCUUCGGUCGAGCUCAAGAUGACAUUCAGAGAAGGCGGGGCAUUUGAUUUUCAUUCUUGCCUAGAACAAAUUAAAGAGCGUCUAUACCAAGCGUAUAGUGUCGCACGGGAACAUGGGGGAAGGGGAACUAGUGGUGUUGAUUUGGCGAACAUGGAUUUAGAGCAAUUGCCUGCUUAUGAACCUGCGAGGGAGGUUACAGAUGAAGCACCUAUUGUUACUCAAGAUAGCGGGGUAGCAAGCACAACCAGGAGUUCACCACGGGCCGAAACCUUCACCGCGCCAGCUGAGCCCCCUCCAGAUUAUGAAGAAGCACAAGCACAAGCCGUCUCGGUGGACCUGGAUCAGCGAUUACGAGAGCAGGCUGAGCGGCAAUGAGACGGGGUAAGCAACAUUUACAGCAUGCUGUGUCACAAAUGUUUUGUUACAUCGGGUAUUACGAAGUCAUGAAUGAAUGAAUGCUGGAAGGUUCGCGGGACUUAUGGAGGGCAAAGGCGUUCUUCUAUCACAAAUUUACAUCUAAGACUUGGCAUGGUCCAUGAUGAGAAAUGGGGUAUAAAGCAGCACUGCAACGGCGUUCGAGAGGUUGGUGAUAAAUUGCUUCAAGAUGGAAUUGAUGUCAAAAAUUGUCCAAAAUAACUGUUAUACCAUGA